GCUCGAGGCACCAAUUUUAGUACAGCAUUGAACCGUAUGGUGGAAUGAGCUUUGCGGAAACAAAAGCCUGCAUACUAAAAACUUGUGGUAUUAAUUUGAAACUGAAGAACUGGCUAAAAUAUAAAAUUUUUUCAACAGUUAAAAUGAAAAACGAAAAAAUUGGAAUAAUUGGUAGUGGCCUCAUCGGACGUGCCUGGUCUAUGCUUUUCGCUUCCGUCGGCUAUCAGGUAAUGCUGUAUGAUAUAUUACCCGAGCAAACCAGCACCGCCUUAGAAGAAAUAGAGAAGGAACUACACGCACUUCAUUUGAAGUCCGCACUUCGUGGUAAACUCAGUCCAGCUGAGCAACUCGAAUGCAUUAGCGCCACCACAGACAUACGCGAACUGGUAAGCAACGCCAUCUAUCUGCAGGAAUGCAUACCGGAACGUAUAGAAAUGAAGCGCUCACUAUAUGCGCAACUGGCUGGCAUUGUAGAACCGCAAACGAUUAUGGCAAGCUCGACAAGUACUUAUAUGCCGUCACUCUUUAGUGAGCAUAUGCCGCAGCAUCGUGAAAAUGUCGUUGUGGCCCAUCCACUCAAUCCACCCUACUACAUACCGCUCGUCGAAAUUGUGCCUGCACCCUGGACUAAACCGCAGGUAGUGACACGCGUGCGCGACCUAAUGCUUGAGAUUGGCCAAAAACCGGUGACUCUAACGCGUCAAAUAGAAGGUUUCGCCACCAAUCGCAUACAAUACGCCAUACUGAAUGAAGUGUGGCGCUUGGUUGCCGAUGGUGUGGUGAGUGUGGCCGAUGUGGAUCGCGUCAUGACUGAAGGUUUGGGUAUACGCUAUGCGCUAUUGGGACCGCUCGAGACCGCACAUUUGAAUGCUGAUGGCGUAGCCGAUUACUUUGGGCGCUUCGGUGAUGAAGUCUAUGCAGUAAGUCAAACUUAUGGACCGACACCGAAAAUGGAAGCAGGUGAGACCUUGUCGAAGAUAGCCGCUGAAUGUGAGGAAAUGGUGCCCAGGGAGCAAUUGAAGGUACGUCGCGAGCAGCGUGAUAAAUUUUUACGUGAGCUGUGCGCACUCAAGAAGCAAUUGGAGUGAGUGAGGAAUGUAGAGCGAAGAGAGAAGUGGAUAAAAAAUAAAUAAAAAUAAAGUUAGUAUGUACUUUUUAUGCAUAAUACUUAAUAAUAAAGAGUAUGUACUUUCCAAGCUUCUUACAUCAACAUA